UAUUAUUGGACGGACAAAUCCCAGGUUUGAUCGAGCCGAGCAGAGGCGAUGGUGCCCCAGGAGCUCCCAGCGGUGGUGAUGAUAGCCUACCGAGACUCUCUCUGGGGUAGAUCGCAGAGGAGGGCUUUUGCGGCGUUGUUGGGCCGGGCUGAGCGACGAGCUGACAAUUAUGGCACGUCUUUUAGGCCAUGCUUUACGCCGCCGGUGUCCCCAAUAGAGACAUGAUGAAGAACGCACCCCAUGUGGGUAUCGCAACUGUGUGGUGGGAGGGGAACCCGUGCAACACUCACUUGCUCGAGCUCGGCAACAUCGUUAAAAAGUCCGUCGAGAAGGAGAAAAUGCUGGCAUGGCAGUAUAACACCAUCGGUGUUUCCGAUGGUAUCACGAUGGGCGGAGACGGCAUGAAAUUCUCACUCCAGUCGAGGGAAAUCAUCGCCGAUAGCAUUGAAACAGUGACUUGUGCUCAGCGCCACGAUGCCAACAUCAGCAUCCCGGGCUGCGACAAGAACAUGCCCGGUGUCGUGAUGGCGGCUGCGCGCCACAACCGGCCGUUCCUCAUGAUUUACGGCGGCACCAUCCGCAAGGGCCACUCUACCCUCCUCGACAAGGAGAUCAACAUCUCGACGUGUUAUGAAGCCUCUGGCGCCUUCGCUUACAACCGCCUGGAGGCCAAGUGCAAGAAGCCCUCAGGCGCCAACGCCACCCCGAGCGACGUGAUGGAGGACAUCGAGAGACAUGCAUGCCCUGGUGCAGGCGCUUGCGGUGGCAUGUACACGGCCAACACUAUGGCCACAGCCAUCGAGGCCAUGGGCUUGUCUUUACCCGGAUCCUCCUCUUUCCCAGCCACAUCCCCCGAGAAACACCGCGAGUGCGAGCGGGCCGCCGAGGCCAUCCGCACUUGUAUGGAAAAGGACAUCCGGGCUCGCGACCUCAUGACCCGCAGGGCCUUCGAGAACGCCCUUGUUGUAACGAUUGUCCUCGGUGGCAGCACCAACGCUGUACUCCACUUUCUCGCCAUGGCCAACUCGGCCGACGUCCCGCUCACCCUCGAAGACAUCGACCGCGCCUCCAACCGCACGCCUUUCCUCGCCAAUCUCGCUCCCUCGGGGCGUUACUACAUGGAAGACCUCUACGAUAUCGGUGGCACCCCCGCCGUACUGAAGAUGCUGGUCGCCAACGGCCUCAUCGACGGCUCCAUCCCCACCGUCACCGGCAAGACGCUCGCCGAGAACGUGCGGGACUGGCCGUCCUUGCCCGAAGGGCAAAACAUCCUCCGCCCGCUGUCGGACCCCAUCAAGAAGACGGGCCACAUCCGCGUGCUCAAGGGCAACUUCUCGCCCGGCGGCGCCGUCGCCAAGAUCACGGGCAAGGAGGGCCUCUCCUUCACGGGCGCCGUGCGCGUCUUCAACAAGGAGCAGGCGCUCAGCGACGCGCUCGCGCGCGAGGCGAUCCGGCCCGACGCCGGCAACCUCGUGCUGGUGGUGCGGUACGAGGGCCCCAAGGGCGGGCCCGGCAUGCCCGAGCAGCUCAAGGCCAGCGCGGCCAUCAUGGGCGCGGGGCUGACCAACGUCGCCCUCGUCACCGACGGCCGCUACAGCGGCGCCAGCCACGGCUUCAUCGUCGGCCACGUCGUGCCCGAGGCCGCCGUCGGCGGGCCCAUCGCGCUGGUCGAGGACGGCGACGUCGUUACGAUCGACGCCGUCGCCAACCGCAUCGACGUGGUCGAGAUCCCCGGCGUCGGUGCCGGCGCCGAGGCGGUCGAGAAGGAGCUGGACCGCCGUCGGAAGGUGUGGACCCCGCCCAAGAUGAAGCCCAUGCGCGGCGUGCUGGCCAAGUACGCGCGGCUGGUCGGCGAUGCGAGCCACGGCGCUGUGACUGACGUCGGUGGGUCGGCGUGGUAAGGGGAGGUGAGGUGAGGUGAUCGUGAACGUGGGUGCGGGCGGGGAGGGUGAGCGAGUGAGUUCGUCUUGGUAAACAAAAAAUGAGCAAAACAGAAAAAAAAGGGGGCGGGGGAACAGGCCUGGGGUCUGCAUAAAAUAUUAUAAAUAAAUGGAUUACAUGGUUGGUGGAUGGCGGCGAUAGACGGGGUUCGGCUUGGGAACGGUGGGAACGGCUCAGCGCAGAUACACUAGAUUGGACGAGCAUUAGAGCCGCAGUUUUGCUUUUUCAAG